CCGCCAAUCGCAAGGCGGUAAUAAUCUACUCCAAGAUGGCGGCUUCCAUCGCACUGAUCCGUACCUUAUCAUAGUGGAUAGAGAAAUAACAUUCUCUACUCAUGUCGAAAGUUUGUUGAUUACGACAGAAGAUAGUCUGGUCCAUUUACAUGAUCAACUUCGUGUACUGUACACGUUCGCCAAUGUUUUGUUUAAGUGUGGAGCUGCUCUCGGCGUCUGUCUAAGGGGAUUUGCAUCGAGCAGGCUAUGGCCACCGAAAACCGAAUUAAUUUUUGGAGGAGAAACGCAAAGGUUCCCGGAAGGUUUCCUAAAGACACUCCCAAGGUGAACCAUCUGAAGACUAAGAAAGCCUCCAGCUUCCAUGAGUUUGCCCGCAGCACUAACGAUGCCUGGGACAUUGAGGAUGAGGAGGACGAAGACUUCUUGGAUGCCGCUGUCCACCCUUCCUCUCUCCCCACCGGCCUCCCCUCAUCUUCACACACCCAGCUCCCUUUCCCUCCCCAUCAAGAGCCCUCCGAGGCGGGGCCGGGGGACAGGCUGCCCCCCCUUGUUCAGGAUCAUCAAGGGCCAGAGGACCCCCCCCAGCAGGAGGAGGAGGUACCAGUGAACGGAAGGGUGGUGAAGUCCAACAGUGAGGCUCACCUGAACGUCUCUGCCGUGCGCUCGCCACUGCAGAAGCAGCAGUCACUUCCUGUCCGGCCCAUCGUGCCACUCGUCGCACGAAUCUCUGACCAGAACGCCUCCGGGGCUCCGCCCAUGACCGUGCGGGAGAAAAGCCGAUUGGACAAAUUCAAACAGCUGCUGGCCAGUCCCAACACAGACCUGGAGGAGCUCAGGAAACACAGCUGGGCAGGGAUUCCCCGAGAGGUACGGCCAAUCACCUGGCGGCUGCUCUCCGGUUACCUCCCAGCCAACAUGGAGCGCAGAGAGCUGGUUCUCAGGAGGAAGAGAGACGAGUACUUUGGCUUCAUCGAGCAGUACUACCACUCCCGCACCGAUGACAACUACAGAGACACAUACAGACAGAUCCACAUUGACAUCCCCCGGACCAAUCCCCUGAUCCCGCUGUUCCAGCAGCCGGCUGUCCAGGAGGUGUUUGAACGGAUCCUGUUCAUCUGGGCAAUCAGACACCCAGCCAGCGGCUACGUCCAGGGCAUCAACGACCUGGUCACACCCUUUUUUGUGGUCUUCCUCUCAGAGUUUGUGGAGGAGGACGUGGAGAACUUUGAGGUGUCUGCGCUCUCCUUGGACACUCAGAGGAACAUGGAGGCUGACAGCUUCUGGUGCAUGAGCAAGCUGCUGGAUGGUAUACAGGACAACUACACGUUUGCUCAGCCGGGCAUCCAGAACAAGGUGAAGGCUCUGGAGGAGCUGGUGAGCAGGAUAGACGAGGACAUCCAUGGUCAUUUCCAGAGGUAUGAGGUGGAGUACCUCCAGUUUGCUUUCCGCUGGAUGAACAACCUGCUGAUGAGAGAGCUGCCUCUGAGAUGCACCAUCAGGCUCUGGGACACCUACCAGGCUGAAGCGGAGGGCUUCUCUCACUUCCACCUAUACGUGUGUGCUGCUUUCCUGCUUGAGUGGCGCAAAGAGAUCCUCUCGAUGGUGGACUUUCAGGGCCUGCUCAUGCUGCUCCAGAACCUACCCACAAUACACUGGGGCAACGAGGAAGUUGGCCUCCUCCUGGCUGAAGCGUACAGACUCAAAUACAUGUUUGCCGACGCCCCCAGCCACUACCGGAGAUAGGAGAUGGGAGGCUGGGAGAUGGCAGAUGGGAGGCUGGGAGAUGGGACGCUGGGAGAUGGGAGGCUGGGA